CAAGAUUAAAUCAAAGUAGCAACUAUUAAGGAUUUCAGAUCCGUAAUACUUUCUUUCUCUGUAUUAUUUAUCAUUUUAUUUUCUUAUGGUCAAUGUGACAGUGUCGUUUGUUUUUGUUUCUUACUUGAAAUAAUAUUACUUUACAAUGUUUCACACACAUGACACAUGUUACUCCUCUUUCAUCAUUCUUGGAUCACUGUUUCCCAAAAAUCUUUUAGGUAGUUGUGAGAUUAGUGUCAUCUUGUGAAAGUAACUACAACUUGCAUGGCCACCGAACACACAAUAGCAUGAAAGUGAAGCUCUACCUUAAAGAUAGGAAUUGGUUGUGAAAAGUGAAAAAAAAGUUCAUAUAUAAGCAAUUGUUUCCAAGUUCAAGGAAUCUUCAGUUGCCAUGUUUAAUCUUUGGGGUAAUUCUCAACAAGAUCAACAAAGCAACGAGGUUUAUGGUGAAUCCAAGAUUAAAGAGCUCAAGGUUGCAAUUGGACCCUUAACAGGACAUAGUUUUAAGUACUGCACUGAUGCUUGUUUGAAGAGAUAUCUUGAAGCUCGAAAUUGGAAUGUCGACAAGUCGAAGAAGAUGUUGGAAGAUACACUCAAGUGGAGAUCAGCCUAUAAGCCCGAGGAAAUUCGUUGGGAUGAGGUUGCAAUUGAAGGGGAGACUGGCAAAGUUUAUAGAGCAGGUUUCCAUGACAGACAAGGAAGGACUGUUCUUAUUUUGAGACCUGGAAUGCAGAACACUUCUUCAAUGGAGAAUCAGAUAAAGCAUCUUGUGUAUCUUUUGGAAAAUGCUAUGCUUAACCUUCCACCAGGUCAAGAACAAAUGGCUUGGUUGAUAGACUUCACUGGUUGGUCAUUGACCAACAAUGUGCCCCUCAAAUCAGCCAAAGAAACCAUCAGCAUUCUACAGAAUCACUAUCCUGAGAGGCUUGGCAUAGCAUUUCUUUAUAACCCUCCUCGAAUUUUUGAAGCUUUUUGGAAGAUAGUGAAGUAUUUCUUGGACAACAAGACAUUUCAGAAGGUGAAAUUUGUGUACCCCAAGAAUAAAGAUAGUGUGGAACUCAUGAGGUCUUACUUUGAUGAAGAAAAUCUUCCUAGUGAACUAGGUGGAAAAAGCAUAUUGAACUAUAACCAUGAAGAGUUCUCCAAAUUAAUGGCUCAAGAUGAUUUGAAAUGUGCUGAUUUUUGGGGUUCUGAUGAAAAGAUCUCAAACCUCAGGCAUUGUGCAGCAGAGGUAGCUCCAGAACCAGUUUGCAAUGAAACUCCAGCUACCUGAGGCACUUAACCUUGUUUUUUACUUAGUGAAGAUAUUUAUAUAAGUAGUAAUUAUUAUCAUAAUAAAGCCAUUAGUUCCUGCUAAAUUAAGACUAAGGAGAUUUUUAUGAUACAUUGAUCCUUUGUUUACAACAUUACUAUUCCAUCAUGAUAUUAGUAAUAGUACACUUGUUA